ACAGGGACGCGCGUGCAAGGCGCAGAGCCGGGCUGAGCCGCCGCUGACGCCACGCAAGUCCUGCAGCCACCGCUCCUGGGCAAUGGGCUGGGGACACUGAGGGCCGCUGGGGCCGAGCGUAGAGGUGGGACCCAGCCAGUGCCUUGCCCUCAUACCGCGCCAACAUGCCCCGCGGCUUCCUGGUGAAGCGCAGCAAGAAGUCCACGCCCGUGUCCUACCGGGUCCGCAGCGGCGAGGACGGCGAUCGCGCGUUGCUGCUCUCGCCAAGCUGUGGGGGCGCCCGUGUGGAGCCCCCGGUGCCAAGCCCCGGACUCGCCACUGAACCGCCAGCCAAGGCAGCCAAGGCCCCAGGCGCCAAGAAGCCCAAGGCCAUUCGCAAGCUGCACUUCGAGGACGAGGUGACCACGUCGCCGGUGCUGGGGCUCAAGAUCAAGGAGGGUCCAGUGGAGGCGCCGCGGGGUCGUGCGGGGGGCUCGGCACGACCCCUGGGCGAGUUCAUCUGCCAGCUCUGCAAAGAGGAGUACGCCGACCCGUUCGCCCUGGCGCAACACAAGUGCUCGCGCAUCGUGCGCGUGGAGUACCGCUGCCCCGAGUGCGCCAAGGUCUUCAGCUGCCCGGCCAACCUGGCCUCGCACCGCCGCUGGCACAAACCGCGGCCAGCGCCCGCCACCACCCGAGCGCCAGAACCCGAAGCAACCACCAGGGCUGAAGCGCGGGAAGCUAACGGCGGCGGCAGCGAUCGGGACACGCCUAGCCCGGGCGGCGUUUCCGAAUCAGGCUCCGAGGACGGGCUCUACGAGUGCCACCACUGUUCCAAGAAGUUCCGCCGGCAGGCCUAUCUACGCAAGCACCUGCUGGCGCACCACCAGGCGCUGCAGGCCAAGUGCGCGCCGCCAGCGCCCCCGGCUGAGGACCUUCUGGCCUUGUACCCGGGGCCCGACGAGAAGGCUCCCCAGGAGGCAGCAGGCGACGGCGAGGCGGCCGGCGUGCUGGGCCUGAGUGCGUCCGCCGAGUGCCACCUGUGCCCAGUGUGCGGGGAGACGUUCCCCAGCAAAGGCGCCCAGGAGCGCCACCUGCGCCUGCUGCACGCCGCCCAGGUGUUCCCCUGCAAGUACUGCCCGGCCACCUUCUACAGUUCGCCUGGUCUUACGCGGCACAUCAACAAGUGUCACCCUUCCGAGAACAGACAGGUGAUCCUCCUGCAGGUGCCGGUGCGUCCAGCCUGCUAGAGCGCGUCCUCCAUCCUGGCCCCCAGGACUGUGCCUUCGCUUGGAGACCCACAAAAGAGAGCGCGCCCUGCACACUCAGACCCAGUGUCUGCACUGGGGCGCCCUCACCCCCGGGUGAAAGUGUCGUCUUCGCUUCUCGCUGUGGCGUGACGGUAACCCCGGUCCUCUCGUUGUGACUCCUUUUGGACCCCCACCCCCGACUUUGCGUUGUGUCCCACCCCCUACCCCCAUGGCGCAACAGGAGUCAAUCUCUUUCUGUACAAGGGAGAAAAUCUGUACACGUUUGUCUUGUGGUUGGAAGCCUCCACUUGGAGGGGGUGAAGCUGUUUUUCUUGCUAGUAUUCUCUGUGUUCAUGGUCUAGAAAUGCGGUUUGCUCUCGCUUACCAAUCUCUGCUCUCUAUGUAUGUAGCGUACGGGUUGUUUUGGGUGAAUCUUGAGGAAUAAAAUGCCUUUAUAUUUCACAGGCUGUAAAUUGAACUUCCCACACGAUUAGCUUUAUUAUGGCUUGUGAACUGCUGGAGUCUGGCUUUACCUUUUUGUAUGUGAACAAAUCAAAUUGCUUAAAAAAGAGUUUUCUUUAGUAUAGCCACAAAUGCCUUGAACCGUUGUCUGUUUGGGAUUGUUUUUGGGGGGAGGGAAGGGAAUUUUCACAAGACGCUGUAGUAACUGCCUCAAUAUUUCAUGUGAGACUUUUUGGUUUGAUCAUCUUUGUUGAGGUAGGACUAUGAGUUCCCUCUAAAUGUGUAUGUUGAUUUAUGAGUAAUUGUUAUUUAUUCUUUAUUUAUUUAUAUUAUGAAGAUUAUGAUAUUAUUUGCAGAUUCUUUUUUGGGGGUGUGCUCCCCCCUGCCACUCUUGACAUUUCACUGUGCAUUUUAGAAGAGAGCCUCUUUUCUAAAGGGAUCUGCUAAAAGUUUUAACUUUUAUACCUAUCUGAGGGAGUUACAGACAACCUACCACUUUAUUCUGCUUGGAGGGCCCCUGAGGCCCUUGUACAACUGACAGCUCUUACUUUUAAAUGCAAUCUCUUUUCUACAUACAUUAUUUUCUUAAUUGUUAGCUAUUUAUAGAAAGCUUCAAUAGAACUGUUUCAACUGUAUAAAUAUUUACUAUUCAAAUAAAAUAUUUUCAAAGUCAAA